UAAAUAAGUCGAGGCAUCAUUACACAGGACGUUCAGAUUUUUGAUGUUGCCUUUUUUACCGCUGCCAUUUUAAUAAGAUCAUUAUUUUAUUGCUGUCGAUCAUCAUGGUAUUUCUGCAAGAAUUUACGAAAUGUCACGUGGUUUUUAUUACUACGCCAAACCUCAUAAUGAAAGACAACAUGGAAACGAUCAGCUUAAAACAGAUUAGGCUAAAUUCAAACACCAAACUCAAUAAUUACGUAUGUUUUAAUCUGCGUAGUUUCGUAGGAUAUGAGUCUUUACUUAGCCGCCGUAAGCUAUCUGUUUCACACAUACUCCUAAUCUACUAUUUAUGCAACUUUUUGUGUGCUGCAUCGUUACCAGCAGUAAUCCCUUUAGGUGCUAUUUUUACAGAAGACCAACGAGAUAGUAGCAUUGAAUAUGCAUUCAAAUAUGCCGUGUAUCGUAUAAAUAAGGACAAAUUGCUAUUAUCAAAUACCCAGCUUAUUUACGACAUAGAGUAUGCUGCGCGGGACGAUUCAUUUCGGACAACUAAGAAAAUUUGUCGACAAUUGGAAUCGGGUGUCCACGUCAUUUUUGGGCCAUCAGAUGCAUUGCUUUCGGAUCAUGUGCAAUCAAUAUGUACAUCGUUUGGUAUUCCACACAUCGAGUCUCGCAUUGAUUUAGAUGAAAAUACUAAGGAAUUAUCUAUUAAUCUGUACCCCUCACAGCGACUCAUGAAUUUGGCUCAUAGAGAUUUGAUGAUAUUUUUAAAUUGGACGAAAACUGCUGUACUCUAUGAAGACAAUUUGGGUAUUUUCAAUCAUCAAGAUCUGCUGCAUGUAACUGCAGAUAUCCGAACAGAGCUAUACAUUCGACAGACGUCACCGAAAACUUAUCGACAAGUUCUACGAGCGAUACGAAUGAAGGAUAUUUAUAAAAUUAUUGUAGAUACAAAUCCUACAAACAUAAAUGCUUUCUUCCGAGCAAUUCUUCAACUACAGAUGAAUGAUCAUCGUUAUCAUUAUAUGUUUACAACAUUUAGAUCAAAAUGGACGUGGACAUGCCUACCAUACCAACACCAACUGUGCGGUCGGCACCCAACGUGGCACGUACUGGGCCUAUUCCCACGACCCGCCCAACCAAUGCUAGUGCAUCCACCACCGCUCCUGGUAAUGGCUCACGAGCAGCCCCAUCAACGCUAUCUGCACAAGCCGAACCGCGUGGCACUGUGCACACGCUAUUUCACCGUACCUCACGACGCGAUGCAGGUCGGCCAGCUGCCACGAGCAGACCAAUGCAGACAAACCGGGCGCAACGACAGCGAAGCACUGCUGCGCAUUUUGAGUCCCGUCCAUGGCAUCCGCAACGCAUUGCAGCGACUCGGCACCAUUCGAAAAGGCAACAACAUCGCCAUACCACUGGGCUUAGCAACGUAGUGGCAACACUUCAAC